AUGGGCAGUCAUCCGUCAAACCAGUGUGCUGAGUUACAUGGGUUUGCGGAUGCAUCGAAAGUUGCCUAUGGAGCAGUUAUUUAUCUUCGCAUUAUAAAUGAAUCUGGAGAAAUUAAAGUUUUAUUAAUUUCUAGCAAAUCUAAAGUUGCUCCAUUAAAAGAACAAACUAUUCCAAGAUUGGAAUUGUUAGCUGCUUUACUCUUAGCACGACUAAUUACCUUUAUAAAAAAUAUUCGAGCUUACAAAGACCUUCCUGUGCAAUGUUGGACCGAUUCUAAGGUUGUCCUCGCCUGGUUGAAUGAUCAUCCAUCAAAAUGGAAAUUAUACGUAGCAAAUAGGGUCGCUGAGAUUCAAACUCUUUUACCAAAAAUAAAAUGGAAACAUGUGUCUACAAAAUCAAAUCCAGCAGACUUAGUAUCGCGAGGUCUCAGUCCUACUGACCUUCAAUUUUCUACUCUGUGGUGGAAUGGGCCAGAUUGGCUCACGAAACCUUUAAUUGAACAAAAAAAUGAAAUUGAUUAUUCUUUAGGUGAAUUUAAUUUAAAAUGCAGACCGGUUACAUGUCAAGUUAACACGUCAAAUGAUCAUAAUAUAAUUAAUUCUCUAAUGAAAUUUUCUUCUUGUCAAAAAACAAUUCGUAUUCUCGCGUACAUUCUUAAAUUUAUACGAAGGUUAAAAGAAAUGGUUGAUCACGUUAAAAUUCCUAUAAAAGAAACAAACAAUAAUUUGACUGCAAUGGAUAUAAUGUUAUCAACAGAUACUUUAUACAAAUUAAUCCAAGAACAACUAUUUCUAAAUGAAUUAAAAGAUUUAAAAAAAGGAAUAACAGUAUCUCAAAAGAGUAAACUUUAUUCAUUAAAUCCAUUUCUCGACGAAAACAAUCUUAUUCGAUUAGGCGGUCGAUUAGAAAAAUCUCAAUUGCCUUUUAAUCAAAAACAUCCUAUAAUUCUAGCAAAGCAUCCCUUAACAAAAUCUUUGAUUACUCAUAUUCAUAAUAAAUGCAUACAUGGUGGCAUGAAAUUUACUUUAAGUAUACUCAGAUAA